UAUCUGCUAACAUGGACAAGUGACUGCAUCAAUGAGAAACCAAAAGAAAGAGAAAUAACCCGUUUUGCAAGAAUGUCUCUUCCAGCGAUCAAUGAAAAGGAGGUCGAACGCAGAGGGAUCAAUAACAAGAUCCAAUACCCAGAGAAAUGAAGUUAAAAUCUCUCAAGAUGGCCCUCCCUGGCACAUAACUUGUUUGCUAUUGCUUCUUGGUCUGCUUCUACUUCUGCUUCGUUUUGCUGUCUUCUUCUUUCGUCACAUGAUUUUCCCUGUCCUCUUCCUUGAAACCCUGUCCUUUAAACACUAUCAGCAAUUUAUUUGAUGGUAAUGACAGCAUAUUUUCCUUCUCCCUUAAAAUUAAAUCACAAAUGUAUAAAAACAUGACCAGAAUUGAGCAACAGACAGAAGACGCCAAUGCUACGCAGGCGACGGAGUUACCAUGGAAGGUGUUGGAAGUAGAACAAAGUUGUUUUCGGCCAAAAGUCACAAACUGCUCCAGGCAGGAAAUGAUGGCAUUUGCAAAUCAAUGGUCGAGACGCAUGGCUAUGUUUGCAAAGAACAUACGGUGACAACUGAAGAUGGCUUCAUCCUGAGCUUGCAAAGAAUACCAGUAGGGCGGUCUGGUGGAUCGCCGGGAAACAAACCGCCCGUUCUACUACAGCAUGGGCUACUAAUGGACGGAAUAACAUGGCUGCUACUACCUCCGGAGCAAUCUUUAGCAUUGCUCUUGGCCGAUAAUGGCUUUGAUGUGUGGAUAGCCAACACUCGUGGAACUAAAUAUAGCCUUGGCCAUACAUCACUUAGUCCAGAAGAUUCAGCCUUUUGGGAUUGGUCAUGGGACGAACUGGUAGCUUAUGAUCUUCCUGCUACAUUUGAGUAUGUGCACCAUCAAACAGGACAAAAACUGCACUAUGUUGGACACUCACUGGGAACUUUGAUUGCUUUGGCUGCCUUCUCAAAGAGUCAGCAACUGAACAUGUUGAGAUCAGCUGCCUUACUUUGUCCAAUUGCUUAUGUGGGUCAGAUGACUUCUCCACUUGCAAGAAAUGCUGCUGACAAUUUUCUAGCUGAGACUCUAUACUGGUUGGGUCUCCACGAAUUUGUUCCAAGAGGGGAAGCUGUAGUGAAAUUUCUGAAGGAUAUUUGUAAAAAAGCAAAUGUUGAUUGCACCAACUUGUUGACUGCUUUCACAGGUCAGAAUUGCUGCCUGAAUUCCUCAAUAGUAGACGUGUUUCUGGACCAUGAGCCUCAGUCAACAGCUACAAAGAACAUGAUCCAUAUAUCUCAGAUGAUCAGAAAAGGAACAAUAUCAAUGUAUGAUUACAACGAUGAAGAUGAGAACAAGAAGCAUUAUGGGCAGCCAACUCCACCAGUGUACAGCAUGACUAACAUCCCAAAUGAUGUUCCUCUCUUUCUAAGCUAUGGAGGUGCAGAUGCUCUCUCCGAUGUGAAAGAUGUACAGCUCUUGAUUGAUAGCCUUAAGGAUCAUGAUGGAGAUAAGCUUGUAAUUCAGUACAGGGAUGAUUAUGCUCAUGCAGAUUAUGUCAUGGCUGAAAAUGCCAAGCAAGAAGUAUAUGAACCUCUCAUUGCAUUCUUUAAAAUUCAAUGAGAAUAUGCAACUUUUGGAGCAUAUCCUUGUAUACUUCUGUUGUGCUUGAUAGUUGUUAACAUUUCAUUUUUAGAGUUAUAUAAUUAAGAAAUAAGUUCAUCUUGCAA